AUGUCAGCAAGGGCCUAUGAUGGUGGUUCCAUGUGUGCUAAAUGUGCCCGAGACUGGAUCAAGCAUGCUUUUCUAAUUGACAAGCAGAAAAUCCUUGUGAGAGUGUUGAAAAGUACAAGCACAGAGUCAGAAAGGCACCUUUCGGUGACGCUGUCGCCGCGCGAUGACGUAAACCGGCCGCGGGCUCCACGUCUCAGGUUCCGCAAAGGCCUGUGGCAGCAGUCUUGGGGAAGGACGGCCAAUAUGGCGGAAGUUACUGAGUCUCCGGAAGAUAGAAGUAUAGCAUCUUCCAAGCCCCUGUUUGCAGGCCUUUCAGAUAUCUCCAUUUCACAAGACAUCCCCGUAGAAGGAGAAAUAACCAUCCCUAUAAGAUCUCGAAUUCGGGAAUUUGACAGCUCCACAUUAAAUGAAUCAGUUCAGAACACCAUCAUGCGUGAUUUAAAAGCUGUUGGGAAAAAAUUCAUGCAUGUUUUGUACCCAAGGAAAAGUAAUACUCUUUUGAGAGAUUGGGAUUUGUGGGGCCCUUUGUUCCUUUGUGUGACACUUGCAUUAAUGCUUCAGAGAAGUUCUGCAGAUAGUGAAAGAGAUGGAGGGCCCCAGUUUGCAGAAGUGUUUGUUAUUGUGUGGUUUGGUGCCGUUACUAUUACCCUCAACUCUAAACUUCUUGGAGGAAACAUAUCUUUUUUUCAGAGCCUCUGUGUCCUGGGUUACUGUAUACUCCCUUUGACAGUGGGGAUGCUAAUUUGUCGGCUGGUACUUUUGGCUGAGCCAGGACCGGCAAACUUCAUAGUUCGACUUUUUGUGGUGAUUGUGAUGUUUGCUUGGUCUAUAGCAGCCUCUACAGCUUUUCUUGCUGAUAGCCAGCCUCCAAACCGCAAAGCCCUUGCUGUGUAUCCUGUUUUCUUGUUUUAUUUUGUCAUCAGUUGGAUGAUUCUCACCUUUACUCCUCAGUAAAUCAAGAAAUGGAAAUUAAAGACCAGCAAAUUAAACAUUCAUUGGAAUGAUACAGGUCACUAUGGAAUUUGCCUCUGGCCCUCAUUUGUCUAACUUUGGAGAUAUUGGUACCUUAGUAGGUGAGGAGAUUAAAAGGGAGCUGCCAUAUAGCACCAUUGCCACUUACAUAAGGAAAUGAUGUUUAAAAGGCUAUAAUUUUCCAUGUAAAUGUUAUUUCUUUAGAAUACAUGUGCAAAGUAUAGGCACAAUAUAAUGCCUCCUUGAUGGAAUAACUGGUCCAUUUGAGUGACAUCCAAUAACUCAAAAUGCACAUAGAUACACCCUGGAAGUUGAAUAGAGUUGGAAACUGUAUUUCCGUGAGAAUAAUGAUUCAGGUGCAACUCUUAAUCAUAUUGCCUUAUGACUAUUUAAAUAUGCCUCUUUGUAAAUAAGAAUGUAUAGUCUGUAAUCAUGUCCAUUUAUUUCUGUCACUUAAAAGUAAACAAGGCAAUAGCAGAAAUUGCAAGGAAAUUUCUUAGAUAUGUGGAGAGGGAAAGAAUAUGUAUUAACCUAGAUUCAGGAUUUAAUCAAAGAAAAUUCAGUACUUUCUGCUUUCAGAAAAGUGAAGGAUCUCUAAAUAAUCAACUUGUUUGGUUUCUUUGUAUAGUCACUUUUCUGCCAAACUUAAUAGCACAUAGGUGGCACUCUAGUUUUUUAUCUUACUUCCUAUUGCUAAAUAUGCAAGCUGAGAUAUAUGCAGUAAACAUGUAACUUUACUUUGACUUAGAUUCUCAAUUGACUAAUGCUUGAAUUUACACAAGUACAAGAUCAUAUACAUUUAGAAUGAUAGGUCUCUAAUGUGUAUCAUCAUAUGGAAACCUCUUAUGGGUGAAGAGACACAGUUUGGAUAUAACAAAGCCUAUACGGUUUUCUUUGUUAUUCUGUGUAGUCUGUCCUCUAACUAGAAAAUAAAGUGAAAUAAGCCUGCAUUUAACCAUUGAACGUGGAUGUAUUGUGGCUGAUUAACACCACAGCUUGAUGCUUAGAGUAGGUUGAGUUGGGUGUAUAUCUGCUGGCUUUUCUUAGUGGGCCUAUUUGUUAAGCUUGUUACCUUUCCUUUAUAUAAAUAUAAAUACUCUGCGCAAGUAUGCAUCCAUCUACUCAACUACUUAUGUACACAAGUAUGCAGGCUUUUCAGGGAACUGAGGGUCUAGGACAAGCUGCUGCCUUCUGUAAAUUUCACAAGGAAGGACUCUGAAGAAGGAUUCAUGCCGAUAACAAACACUGUAAAUGGACAAUUACUUAUAAAUACAGAGAUUUCUUAUUUCACAUUUUUCUUUAGGAUAUUUAUUUUGUAUUUCAAGACUACCUACACAUAGGUAAUUUUAACAACUUGUUUUCUCUAUCCAAAUGAACCAAGUGAACACUACUAGGACAACUGGGUCAUUGGAAUGAUGUCCAGUAAAGGCACUGCAAAGUAGGUCCCACCUUUCUUAAGCCUUGUCCAGAAUUGUUGUUUAUACAUUUAUAUUUAUUUUCUUUCAUCCUGUAAAUUUGUAAAUGAGCAAGUGUCUCAGUCUUGAAUUAAUAAAGAAAAUAUUUUCAAACUA